UAUUCGACAACCGAACCGGAGAUGAUGUGGUUUUUUGGGCUCGAGCCCAUUUAACUGUGAUUUCAUCGGGAAACGAAGGAGGAGAUCAGACGGCAACGGGGGAGAAGAAAAUGCCGGUGAGAGUUGAGGAGAGCAACGCGCCUGCCCAGGUUUCAGGAACUGAUCCUGGGAAUCGAUCACCACUUCCGCCUAGCUCACUUCUCGGCGCCGGCCAGGCAUUUUCUGGUACGCAAAAUGUCUCUAAUCAGCAGAAAGAGGAAGCUUGGAGAGUUAACGUCCAGAUACAGGGAAUUGACCUUGAGCAUGGCUAUCUUUGUGGAACCAUGGAAGCUCUUAACGUUCCCAUGGCAGACACUCCUGUCAUAACAUUCUGGGAAGGAGAGAUUGUGGAUGGAAAGAAUUAUACUUUCUACACUGGAAAAUGGGAAGCCACGAGAGAAGAUGAUAUGAGACACUGGUCAAAGUUUCCGUCUUUUUCGCCUCUUCAGGGACAAGUUGAGUCUGACGGUGGCAGGCAACUGGAUCUUAACAAUUACCCUUAUAUAUUCAUGAGAUGGAAAGAGCAAUACUUUGUAAAUGUUGGCACAGAUUGUGGACUAACAAUAGCUGGAUUUUACUACGUAUGCUUCUCCUGCAGCGAUGGAUCCAUCAGCGGUUUCUAUUACGAUCCAAACAGCAGUCCGUUUCAGAAGCUGGAGCUGAAAACAGUUAACGAAGGAAGAUCUGGUUUCAGCUUUUCUUCUUACGAGUUGCAAUGAUGAACCGCCAAAAAUCAAAAAUCAUCAGACAAGCCUUUGGUCCAAAAAAAAAAAAAAAAAAGAAGAUCAUCAGACAGCGCCAUAUGAUGCUCAC